AGACAUUAUUCAAAACUUGAAUACAACACAGAACAUACAUUUUCUGUGCAUUUUGAUGCAUCAUUAGAUCUUAACAUGUUAUCUUCCAAUUUUAUUUUAUGGUACUUCCCAGAUGGUCAGUAGUUUCGAGACUACUCUUGAGAGUUACUCUGAAUGACAAGCUCAGAAUCUUAUUGUGGUUGAAAGAAAGAAAUAUGGGAAAAGAGGAGCUGAGUUUCUUCCAUUUCCGCAGUUGGUGCUACAUCUUGGUUUUGUUUUCUACUUUCUCAUCCAUCUCAUUCUUAUAUUGGUCUCAAUGCUCUAACUGUUGCGAUUCCCAAAUACUAACUGAGCUUCACAACCAAAACCAAAGCAUCAACUUGCUUUCUUUUCCAUUCGCCUGGAACCGGCUCAACCUCGCCUCACAACCGCCUCCAGCGUUGCUGAAAAUUGCUCUCUUCGUCAAGAAAUGGCCUGAGAAUAAUCGCGCUGGAGGGCUCGAACGCCACGCCUUAACUCUACAUCAUGCUCUUGCCAAAAGAGGGCAUGAGCUCCAUAUUUUUACUACUUCACCGUCCUCAAAUUCAUCUUUCGCGAACUACCCUGUCAGCAACAUGAUAUUUCACCUCUCCAAGCCAUCAGCAGGGGGUUUCCUUGACCAAGCCGAAGCCUGGCGACAGUUUCAGGCAGAGAACUCGACAGGAAGACCGUUUGACGUGAUUCACACCGAGAGCGUAGGGCUAAUGCACACUAGAUCGCGGAACCAGAGCAAUGUAGCAGUUAGUUGGCAUGGGAUCGCGUACGAAUCCAUCCAUUCCGACAUCAUUCAGGAGCUCCAUCGGCCUCGCAACAUCUCUCAGUCGAAGUUAUUGACUGAAAGGGUGAUGAAGGUUAUUGAAGAGGUCAAAUUCUUCCCAAAUUAUGCUCACCAUGUUGCCACAAGUGAUCAUGCAGGGGAUGUCCUGAAAAGGAUAUACUUGAUCCCUGAUGACCGUGUUCACAUUAUUCUAAAUGGUGUAGAUCAGGAGCUUUUCAAACCAAAUGCAGAAAAUGGAGAAAGAUUCAAGUCCAAAUAUGGUAUUCCUGAAUCUAAAAAAUUGAUUAUAGGUCUGGCAGGGAGGCUGGUUAAGGAUAAAGGGCAUCCCUUGAUGUUUGAGACUUUGAGGCAAAUGUUCAAAGAGAAUUCUACUUUCCGGGAUAGUGUUACAGUGGUUGUUGUUGGAGAUGGUCCUUGGGUUUACAGAUACAAACUCCUGGGUUCAAAUCUUCGCGUGUUCGGGGCAAUGGAACAAGCUCAACUCGCGGAUUUCUACAAUGCAAUGGACGUAUUUGUGAAUCCAACUCUGCGGGCGCAAGGUUUAGAUCACACAUUGUUGGAAGCACUCCUAACUGGUAAGCCUCUAAUGGCUACAAAACUAGCUAGCAUUACAGGAUCUGUUGUAGUCAAUGAAGAUUUCGGGUAUAUAUUUUCGCCUACUGUAAGGUCACUGAAGAAAGCAUUGUACAAGGCUUAUGAUGAUGGAAGAGAAGUUCUGGAAAGGAAAGGUCAGCUAGCUAGAGAAAGGGGUUUGAACUUAUUUACAGCCACCAAAAUGGCAGCAGCUUAUGAAAGAUUGUUUCUUUGCAUUUCUAAAGAUAAGAAAUACCGUGAUCACUGCAGCUUCCAACCUCCACGAUUUACUACCCUAUUGGAGCAACCUACUUGACGGCCUGAUGAUUUGCCUCAGUAUUUUAUUUUAGUACAGAAUGGUUCACUUGAUGGAAAUCUUCUUGACUUCACGCUCCGACAGUUUUGGUUAGUCUCGGUUAUUUGUCUCGCAAUGUUUUUAGUUAGCUCUAGGAUUGAAAGCCACCUUUACGGCAUACUGUAAAGCCAUCUUCAGGUUUUUGUCAAUACUGGUAUUAGAACUAGCCGAAAUACAUAGGUGUGUUUGCUUGGUGG